AUGGUCAAAAUGCGCAGGACACAGCAGCUCCGGUCCACCUACUGUUCGCGUCUGGCACAUGGACGCAUCGUCUUGAUUGGCGAUGCCGCCCAUUCCAUGUGGGCGUCUCUAGGACAAGGCGUCAACUCAGCCUUGGAGGACUGUCGAGUGCUUGCUCAGGUCUUGGACUCCGCAGCAGAGGGCGAAGCGGCGGCGGCACAGGGCAUCGACGUGCCCGGGGCGCUCGAGGCCUUCAACGAGCAGAGGUUGGAGGACGCCACAGCGGCGUGCGUGCUGAGCGAACGAGGGAUGGGAGGAGCCAGAACGUUUCGGCCUAUGUUCGCGGCCCGCCUGUACCUGACAGUACUCCUGCACAAGACUCUCGGCCGCGUCGCCCCCGAGAUGUUCACGCCGCCCUCGAUAAUGACCGUCAACUCGGCUGACAAGAGAUACGGGGACAUCCUGCGGGGGGUCGAGAGGGAGGACGCCGUGGCCUCCGGGCUCUUGUUCGGGACCGUUGCGAUGGUGGUGGCCGCCGUGGCAACGAGGUUCAUGAGAAGGCGUAACGUGUAG